CUCAUUCAAAAUAGCUUUGAUGUAAAGGGCUAUUUUUUUUUUUCUCAACACAUUGACCUCUUUUUCAAUAGCACUUAAACAAUAAGACCUAACUUUUCAAGGCAAAAAAGGAAAAAAUAUUGAAACAUAUAGUCUUUUUUUUUUGUCAACAAACAUAUAGGCCCCGAAUUAUUUUAUUUGCAAUGAGAAGGAUGAGAACUUUGGGAUUGAGAAACUUUGUCCAUCUUCUUCCUCUCACAGCGUUCUUGAUUGUGUUGAUUUGCUUCUUUCGGUUUAACAACCUUGGACAAGUUAUAAAUGAAAGGAAGGGUGGAAGAAAAUUUUCACUUUCCUAUCAGGAUCCUUCAGAAAAACAAGAAUUGAUUCAAGUGCUGAGAAGAGCAACCAUGCCAGAUAGAACAGUUAUCCUAACCAUGGUAGAUGAAUCACAUGCAAGCCCAGGAUCUAUGCUUGAAAUUUUACUACAAAGCUUCAAAUCUGGUCAAGGGACUAAAAGAUUUUUGAAUCACUUGGUUAUCAUAGCUAUGGACCCCCAAGCUUUUGAAUACUGCAAGUUGUUGCAUCCACAUUGCAUACACCCCUCCACCUUUGAACCUUAUUUUACCAUCAAAAGACACUCCAUCAUAACCCUAGAACACAAUGUGCUCACUUGGAGAAGAAACAAUGUUUUGAUAGAAGUGCUUGAAUUGGGUUACAACAUAAUUUUCACGGAUGCAGAUGUACUGUGGCUUAAAAGUCCAUUGGCGAACUUCAAUCCUACAUAUGAACUAAGUAUUUCAUGCAAUUUCUCAAGUGGUGGAGAAAGAGAAGAUUCCCUACGAGAAGGUGGAAUCUUCUUCAUGAAAGCAAAUGCCAUUGCCUUGGAAUUCUUAAAGCACUGGAAAUUGAGCAGGAUUUUGUAUCCAAACCCAAAUGCUGAAGAGUCCUUGUGUGAAACUAUAAAGCAAAAUGUAGAGAUAACUGAGGCAUACGGCUUCCGUGUUCAUGGUGUAGAUGCAAACCAUUUUGGUGGACUUUGUCAGCUAAAUAAAGAUAUGCUGGAAAAAGUUUAUACUAUCCAUGCUAACUGUUGUGAUGGUCUCUCAAGCAAAGUUCAUGACCUGAGGAUUGUUCUAGAUGAUUGGAUCCACUUCAAUGCAUCAGAAAAAAUGGCUUUGAGGUGGCCACAGAAGUGCACAGGAUGAAAAUAUACAUAGAAGAACAUACAGUUCUCAAGUUUUAACAAAGAAUUCAUAUUAGAAAAAACAUGUUGCAAAUUCAUAUUUUAGUUUAGCUUUUUUUAAUAAUCAUAUUAUUGGUACAAAGUAUCUAUCGCUAACUGAAAUAGUUCUCUUCUAGUUUUAACUUAAAUGUCCAUUUCUUGGUGAAAUACUAAACAUCUGCUUCUUUGUUAAUAGGUAAGCUGGGAAAUAUUACAUUUGGUAUACUUUUUCAAUAA